AGAAGCAGUUCUACAAGGCGAGCCAGGGUGGGAACACGAGGUGAGCCUUGCGGGUAUGGGGAGACUGAUGUGCGGAGCUGUCAUUACCACUGCUGAGUCCGCCGCACUCGUCGGGCUCAGAAUCAGCCUGCAGAGUCCCCCUCGGCAGGACACCAGGACCACGGCCUCAGUCCUCCCUCCCCGAGGGCAGGGUCUCUAAUGCGGAGGCAUCGGGGGUGGCUGCCCGCCCCACGAUGGGCAGCUUUCGCCUGGCACCAGGGUUAGGAACACCCGCUGACCCAGGAGAUGCUCUCUGCUGGUGAGUGAGAAGGUCGGAGGGGCUGAGGGGACCAAGCUGGACGAUGACUUCAAAGAGAUGGAGAAGAAGGUAGAUGUCACCAGCAAGGCAGUGACCGAAGUGCUGGCCCGGACUAUUGAGUACCUACAGCCCAACCCAGCCUCACGGGCUAAGCUGACCAUGCUCAACACGGUGUCUAAAAUUCGGGGCCAAGUGAAGAACCCUGGUUAUCCGCAGUCAGAGGGGCUCCUGGGCGAGUGUAUGAUCCGCCAUGGGAAGGAGCUGGGCGAGUCCAACUUUGGUGAUGCAUUGCUGGACGCUGGCGAGUCUAUGAAGCGCCUGGCGGAGGUGAAGGACUCCCUGGACAUAGAGGUCAAGCAGAACUUCAUCGACCCUCUCCAGAACCUGUGCGAGAAAGACCUGAAGGAGAUCCAGCACCACCUGAAGAAGCUGGAGGGCCGCCGCCUGGACUUCGACUACAAGAAGAAGCGGCAGGGCAAGAUCCCUGACGAAGAGCUGCGCCAGGCACUGGAGAAGUUUGAGGAGUCCAAGGAGGUGGCAGAAACCAGCAUGCACAACCUCCUGGAGACAGACAUCGAGCAGGUGAGUCAGCUCUCGGCUUUGGUGGACGCACAGCUGGACUACCACCGGCAGGCCGUACAGAUCCUGGAUGAGCUGGCCGAGAAGCUCAAGCGCAGGAUGCGGGAAGCUUCCUCUCGCCCCAAGCGGGAAUAUAAGCCCAAGCCCCGGGAGCCCUUUGACCUUGGAGAGCCUGAGCAGUCCAACGGGGGCUUCCCCUGUUCCUCAGCCCCCAAGAUCACAGCUUCGUCGUCUUUCCGAUCUUCUGACAAGCCGAUCCGGACCCCUAGCAGGAGCAUGCCACCCCUGGACCAGCCAAGCUGCAAGGCGCUGUAUGACUUCGAGCCUGAGAAUGACGGAGAGCUGGGCUUCCGUGAGGGCGACGUCAUCACGCUGACCAACCAGAUCGAUGAGAACUGGUAUGAGGGCAUGCUGGACGGCCAGUCGGGCUUCUUCCCACUCAGCUACGUGGAGGUGCUCGUGCCCCUGCCACAGUGACUUGCCUGUGACCACACCCUGCCCCUCCGUCCACACUGGCCGCCACCCCCUGCUGGGUCUCCUGCAUUCAACGGGGGCCCUGCUGCCAGGGCGGUGUCCCAGCCUGCCGGUGCCUUUGAGGUACUCCCUGAGCAGGGCCCCACACUUGGGUUGGGGGGCUUAUCUGGGUGGGUGGGGAGGCCUGUUUACGCUAGCCCUGACCCCCAGUGGUGAUGGCUUCCUUCCCAACUCCAUGGCGCCGGCCUCCUCCCCACUCCCCAACUCCUCGCCCAGCUGGCCGAGGCGGGGCAACACUACGGUGCUCUCAGAAACACUAAAGUUCCUCUGGGCAGCCCCCACCUCCGUCCUGAUCCCAUGGGGGCCCGGCCCACUGCCUGCCCUCGAGUCCUAUAGCCUUAACAGGAUGGGAUUGAGUGUCCCUGUGGGGUGGCUCAGCCAGGACCCUGGUUUUUGAGACAGAGUUUCGCUCUUGUUGCCCUGGCUGGAGUGCAGUGG